UGGGCGGCCCCGGAGCCGCGGGAAGAGGCUUAAGCUGAGUUCUGGCCUGCUUGACCUGGGGACUUCAGGAGUGAACCUCCUUGGGCUUCCAGCCUCCAGAACCACGGCCUCUGUUCAGGACUGGGGUCCUUGUCCCCAGAAGCCAUGGGUCGGAUCUCUGGGCUCGUGCCCUCUCGGUUCCUGACACUCUUGGCUCAUCUGGUGAUUGUCAUCACCUUGUUCUGGUCCAGGGAAAGCAACAUCCAAGCCUGCCUGCCUCUCAGGUUCACCCCCGAGGAGUAUGAGAAGCAGGACGUCCAGCUGGUGGCCUCUCUCUGUCUCACCCUGGCCCUCUUUGCAGUGGAGCUGGCCGGCUUCCUCUCAGGAGUUUCCAUGUUCAACAGCACCCAGAGCCUCCUCUGUAUCCUUUAUGCCUGCCCACCGUCUCCAUGUGACUCACAGCCAUCACAACUCUUUCUAGCUACCUCAGGCCUUUCUGGCACAAAAGUCUCUGAACUAGGUGGCAAGCCGAAUCUCUCCAGGUGCGGUAACACCCAUUAUUUGAGAAUGGGGUGGAAAGUCUCUCCCAAAUCUGAAGGUUUUCCCCACCCAGCUUUUUCCUCGCCGUCCCGGCUGUCACUGAAACGGCAUUAUUCAUCGCUGUCUUUGGGCUGAAAAAGAAACCUUUUUGAUCAUGAUGAUGGGAACGUAGAGAGAAGGCUGGACAACGGGUGAGCCUCCCAGGUUCCUGGAAGAAGGAAGGCAUAGACUUCACCACUCAUCGGCCCCUCCCAGCUGCUUCUGUUAGCGGAUGAUGGAGUUGGAAUAAUUAUUUCUCAAAUCUUGGAUUCUAAUUUUUCAUUUAUAGUUUUGUAAUAAAAUCUAUUUUAUAGUAA